AUGCCAGUUGAGAUUCAGCCCUUCCCUAGGACGCCUGACAGCAACGUCACAUUUGGUGCCGAGGUUCGGCAUGCCGACAUCGAGCAUCUGGAUGAGAAGGAUUUUGAAGCAAUUCAUGAUGCUCUGUAUAAGCACCAAGUACUCCUCUUUCGUGGCCAAAAACACGUAUCGCCCGAGGCGCAGUACCAGUUGACAAAACGAUUUGAUCCCGCGUCGGACACGUAUGGACACGGCAAGGAUGUGCCGAAUGCAAAAAACAGUAUAUUGCACCCAGACCUGAAGACCAUCCCGUCCGUGCCCCAGGUACAGGUGAUUGGGCACGGCUUUGUGAAGGAGCUAGAAGGCUUGCACAAUAUUCAGUUGAGACACCCACACCACCGCACCUUCCACAGGGAUGCCAUCCCAGCGGAAAAAGAUCUAGACUGCACGCGGUUUUACCGUUGGCACAUUGAUGCCGCACUGUACGGGAGGCAUCCACCCAAAGUAACCACACUGCUUGCCAUCUCAGUACCGAAAGGGCGGCGCCAGACGCUGUUGUAUGAUGAUGGUUCGGGCGAUACACUCGAUGUACCUCUGGGUACGACGGCAUUUGUCAGCGGAGAGACCAUGUACGAAAGACUGUCGGAUGAAGAGAAGCAUUUCGUCAACACGUCCCGGAUAGAGUACGCGCCGCAUCCAUACAUCUGGAUGAGUGAGUGUCGCUCAUUUCCAACCGGUUUGGGACUGUACACAGAAGGCCGUGAGCUCUCUGAAGAGCAGCUCCCUCCUAUCGAUCAGGACAUGAUCCAGGUCUUGCCUAUGGUAUGGAAGAAUCCUGUGACAGGCAAACCAGCCCUUCAGAUCCAUCCAUCAGCCAUACGCAAGAUCCACAAGGCCGAUGGCACAGUGAUCGACGACCUGAAAACUGUACGCGACAUCGUUUACAAGCUGCAGAGACCGGCCAUCAGCCCAUCAUAUGUUUACGCACACGACUGGCAGGAGGGUGACUUUGUCCUCUUUCACAACCGUGGUCUGCUGCAUUCCGUGGUCGGUGCAUUUGCUGACGAUGAGCGUCAGUAA